AUGGAACAAAACGAUGCAAUUCAAAGCAAAGAUGACGUCUAUUCGAAAGAUUUUGCGCCCAAGAAGAUAAAUAAGGACAGCAGUGAGUAUGGAAGGCCGAAGCCAGGAACGUUGACAGAGCAAAGAGCCAAGAAAGCAGCCGCUCAUGUGCACAGAGAAAUGUUGACACUUUGUGAAGUUGUAGAAGAUUACGGUAAAAGGGAAAAAGAAGACGGACCAAUCAGAAUCACGUUUGGAAGAUUGUUCACAAUUUAUGUAAAUAUUUCUGACAAGGUCGUUGGAACACUUCUCCGCGCUCGUAAACACAAAAUGAUCGAUUUCGAGGGAGAAAUGUUAUUUCAAAAGAGAGAUGAUCAUGUUAUAAUCACUCUUCUUCUCGAAGGAUCAGAACUAAAGGCGGCUAUUCGAGCACAUGCAGCAGCUAAUCCAAAAGAUUGA